CGGGAUUACUCAGUCAGUCAGCCGCGAGCCGCGGUGAACUGAAGGUGUGGUGAGUGUUUCUGUGGGCCGACGGGCCAAAAAUGGCGGAGCGUACGAAGACGACAGCCCCGGCCACCCGGCCCGUUCCUAUGAAGCUGUUUGCCACUUGGGAAGUGGAUUGUACUGCACCAAACUGUAUACCCAGGCUGUGCUCCUUGACUUUGACCCGUCUGGUGAUUUUACGGCCAUUAGGCUCUGAUUUAACCUCGAUCAGCAUCGCGGUGAAAAUGCAGAGCUCGAAGAGAACCCUACGUUCAAACGAGAUGGCCAUUCCCAGCGGUGGCAUGCUGGACACUGAACUCGAGCUCCAAUUCGCCCUUCAGUAUCCACAUUUUCUCAAGAGGGACGGUAACAAACUGCUGAUACAGCUUCAGAGGAGAAAACGCUAUAAAAAUCGCACCAUGCUCGGAUACAAGACUCUAGCUGAGGGAGUGAUCAACAUGGCUCAGGUUCUCCAGAAGCAGAUGGACCUGGAGUUGGAGCUGGUGUCGGACAAGGCUGAAAAAUAUGGCGGACAUUCGGUCGCGCUGGCUCGCGUGAGCGUCGUCGCGCUCAGCUCUCAGCCGGUCGACCAGGACAAAAGACUGAACGACCCGAAUGAGAGGCUCUGUCCCGAAUAUAGCGACGAGGAGGAAGAGUUCAGUUCAGAAGGCGAGGCGGAAGGCAGCGACAGCGAGCCAACUCUUGAGAUGCACAGGCGGAAGAGUCGGGGAAAGAUUCCGACGAAUGCCAGGCAAAGAAAUUUGAAGCAAAAAUUCAUAGCUCUGCUGAAAAGACGGUUCAGGGUAUCCGAGGAUUUGGAUCAAGAUCAAGAGGAAAUCGGGCAGAAGCUUUCAGAGUCGUUAACUGGAUUUGUUAAAGGCGCAGAGAUGGAAAUCGAAGAACUGUUCGAUGAACUGGAAGAUUUGUCCGACAGUGGUCCAGAAUUGGACACCAUGUCGGUCAGUAGCACACCCAAGCCAUCCCUUCGACCUUUCUUCAGUUCUAGUCGAUCUCUCCUCGCUCCUCCUCAUUCCGUAGUAACCAACGAGGAGACCGGAAGUACUCCUGCGACAGCCAUAGGUCAACAGAGCGCAGGUCAGCCAACUAAAGAGAAACAUCGUAUCGGACACACUACUCCAGAGCGCGGAGUGGAUAGGCAAAGCGACGAUAGUUCACGAAGAGCGGACAGCGAUUCACAUCCGGAGAAUUGGACAGAUCACGAGGCGAACGAUCCUCCGAAUUACGUGACGGGUUCGCCACCGAAAUCAGAGCAGCACAACAAGACCGAAAGUUCCGAUAAAAGGAGCAGGCUUUUUACUCGCGACAGAGGUGCACCGGGCACCAACAAGUCUAAAAAGCAUAGCCUCAGCGUGGAUCUGAAACCUCCUGCUGACUUGAAUAGUUCCGAGCCAAGAAAAGCGUUAGUUGAGCAAUUAAGCCGGGUUUUACCGGAUGACAGUUUGCCGGAUGCUGUGUCGUUGGUAUCGUUAGCUGAUCCAGGUGCGGCUGUCUUAGCUACAAGACUUCAAGAAAGAAAUCACAGAGUUCUGACGACUGCUUCUCCAGCAGACAUUCGUGCCACAUUCACGUGUUUAGUCACGCGAAUACAAAAAUUUUGUAACAGUUCCGCUAAGCCACCAGCACCGAUCAAAGUGGUGAUCGCUGGUGGAGACAGUUUCGUAAACGCAGUGCUUCGCCAUUACGUGGAUCAGUUAAGUUUUCGACCGCAAAAUUAUCUGAAAUUCUUCGUCGUACCUCUUGGCUCGAAUACAUUGUCUAAGUACCUUAGCUCGAUAGACGCAAAAUACUCGAUGCUAUUUGGCGAUGAGUGGAAAGAAUUGUUGGAAAGAGAGGGUGGUGGCGCAAGCGAGGGUGCGGCUAGGGUUUCGGAGUAUUUGGCAACGGCUGGUACAACCUUGUUGCUACCUAUUGCAGAAGCCAUGGUUACAUACAGAGAAACAGAUGAUAGCAGCCAAAUCUUCAUCCCAUUCAUAAACGAUGUUCGCGUAGGAUGUCCGGAUAGUAGUUCCUCCGCAUCGGUCGAUCUAGAAGAGAGCAAUGUGACCAUGUCUGGCUCACCGCCUUCUCUGCCACCUCCUGGAUUACCUAUUCCACUUCCGGGCAGGUUAACACCACCCAGUAGCCCGAACGUUGGUCAACCAACGAGGGAAGGUUGGGAACCAGUUGAGUUACAACUCGAUUAUUGGAGCAAACAUACACAGGGUGAAAAGGGCAAGAAUACAUUGAGACAGGCGUUCAGGGCGUUGCACGUUCAAAGACUUCCGCCUCAUGGAGAGACUCCUGGUCAUUAUUUAUCCAUGAAUUACACAACAAAGGAGAAAAAACAAAAAAUAAUGAGAUUGGGUAAAAAGAAAGAAAAAGAAAAAGAAAAUGAGCCAAAGAGUCAAACGGUCGAAGGCGUGACACGACUUAUAUGCUCUGCGAAGACUCACAACAUUCCAUUAAGAGUGAGUAUCGAUGGUACUGAAUGGUACGGUGUGAAAUUCUUCCAACUGUCGGCGCAGUGGCAAACGCACAUCAAGACGUUCCCGAUAGCCAUGUUGGAGUACAGUCCUCAGCAGCAAACCCCCAACACCACGUAAAUAUUUUCCUCGUUUCCGUCAGAGGCCAGACGUUUUGCCAGAUUUCGUUUGUGUUCAUGGAUAUUGCCAAUUAGGAUCAUCAGCUUAGCUUAUCGUGCAAUACCCGAUAACCAUCAAAUCCUCGAAAUUGAAAAAAAAAAAAAAUCACAAUAAAGAAACAUAGUACGCGAUAGAAUGCAAGUUUAUACUGUGGACAAUCUGCUACUUUAAAACCGGAAGUCGUUGGAGCUAAUUCAGGCAAGUAUUUGAAUGCUGCCUUUCGUUUCAAUUUAAUUACCUCAAUUAACAUUGUUUCUCUUUAUUCUUUAAUUACACUCUAACUAUUGUUUUUUUUUAUUAUCUGGAAUUUAUUUUUCUAAAAAAAAAAAUCUUUGUUUUAAUCUCCAAACGAAAAAAGAAAGAAAAAAAAUUCUUCUUGCGUAAAAAUUGCCAAGAGUACGCGAGUAGCAAUUGUUACUUCAAACUGAAGUGUAUUGAAACAAUGGUAGGCAUGGUUAACACAUAUCGUAUUAGAAUUAAUAUAGAUAAUUCGAUGAUGGAUUUCGUUGGUUAUGGGAAUGCCACAAACGUAGUAAUGGAAACAUGUCUUUUUGAACAUGAUAUUUAAAGAAUGCAGAAGCAUCAUACACGUCUGAUACAAUAAUCGAUUUUUCUAAAAGGGGAAAACAUGUAUGAAUCGUAUUGUAGCGAUUAAUAUAAAGGAUUCGUUCGAAUCAGAUCCACCUCUCCCAAUUCUCUGCCGUCGACGCGUGUACAUAUAGGAUUUUAUAAAGGACGAGAAUAGAAAAAUCGAUCGGUUUCGUUGCAAGUCGUACUGAUAUAUACAUAUUUGCUAAGAUAGAUCUUCGUCUGAAUCGCAAGGUAGCGAGCAGAGAUUAAGCGUUAAAUUAUGUAUUUAUUUAAUUAACGUGUAUUCUAUAUAUAUAUUAUAUAUACGAUCGCAUAUAGCAAUGGAGCAUAGAGCGACGUUAUUGAAAAAAAGUCUGUGAUACAGGCAAACAUUUCUCUUAGCGCACAAACAUGUUGUUUAGAGAAAGAUGACUGUGUAUAAUUUCGCUGAUUUAAACGAGAAUAAUCGAAGGGAAAUAUCUUCUUUAAAAAUAAAUAAAGGGAAAUAAAAGAGAAGUGGAAAAGAAAAAAAAAAAGAUAACACGAUGACGAUGAUAAUAUACGAUGAUGAAUAGCUCAUAGUUAUUAUACUCCUUUUCUCGUUUAAGAUUUCGAAAUAUUUUUUGUAUUCCAUUUUAUAGAUUUUUAGCCCCAGGCUGCUCUAGUUUAAAUACUCUAUUUUCAGACUUUAUCAUUUAAAUAUUUUAUUCCCGUUAGAGACAAUUUUCUGACUCCUAACUCUUCGAUGUAAUAUACAGUAAUAUACUCAUUUACGUAUUAUUAUUUAGAAGUUAGGGAAAGAGAAAGUGUGAGAAAGUGAAUAAAUAAUAGAAAUUAUUCAAAAAGACAUAAACAAAGAUAUUAAAAAGAAAAAUAUCGAAUGACUAUGUUUCCCUCCCGUAAUAUCAAGAUGAACACAACUGAAGAAGUAUGUGAAAAAACAGAAUCAAAACAUUCGUGGUGCGUUUUCCUCUUUCUUUUUAUUAUUAUUUUUAUUAAUUAUUUCUUCUCUCCAUUAAGCGAGUUAUGAAUCGAUUAUUUUAUAAUACUUCUUGUUCUUAAAAAAAAAAAAAAAAAAAGAAAAAAGAAUCAUAUCAUGAGAAACGAUAGAAACUAACGAAUAAUUAAUAUUGUCUUAGGAAAAUUGAAAAGAAAAUAUGUGACUAAAUAUAAUUUGCACGUAAUGUACUUUUCGAUUUCUUCCUUUUUUCUAAUUUAAUUGCAAAGGAAAUGAAGAAAAAACAAGAAACAACAGAACAAUUUGUAAUUCAUCAUUUCCAGCGACAUAUAUGUAAAUGCGUCGCGUUGACUGCCUAAUGCCAAAUCGAAAAAACAAAAAAAGAAAUACAAAAAGAAGAAAUAGAAAAAAAAAGGAAAGAAUCGUUUACUCGAUUAUUUGUUUUAAUAAAUUAAAAAAGAAAAAAGACUCUAGAACGCAGGCAUUCUAUGUAAUAUAUAUAUAAAAAAAGAAAAAAAAAAUAUGAUAAUAACGCCUUAGCAAACAGUGGCGAUUUUACGUUUUGCCAAUGUAAAAACAGUAAAAUUUUUCCUGUAUUCAUAUACACACGUGCAUACAUAUUUGCAUAUACAAAUCAUAGUACACAUAUUUCCUUAUCCCUGUUCUUUGCUAGUCUGCAAUUAGUUUGUAACGAGUAUCGAACUGUACAACUCGUAGUCCUACAUCUUUAAAUGCCUGAUAGCAAUAUCCCAUUUUGUGCAAACUCCUCGUGAGAUAGUUAACUUAAAAAGUAGCGUGAGGUAUUUUGCGUUAUAUUGUGAGAUAACGUGUGUACGUGACGAUGUUCUAGAUAGAGUUUGGACCGAAUUGCUUUCAUUUAAUUGUUUAACGCAAGGCGGAUUAAAUUGUUUUAAGAAGAAUGAAAUCAAAGAUGAAAAUGGGGGCGAUAAAGAAAGAAAUUGCUAGCAACAAUUAUAUUAUAUUAUAUAAGAUAUGAUUAAAAAAGUUAAAGAAUUUAAAGAAAAAAAAUGGCAAAAAUUAUAAAAUUUCCAAUUUGACAAAACUUUGAACUUUGAAAUUGUGGUAAUAUAAAUUAUUAUUAUUUUUUUUAUAUUUGUAUAUAUAUUUUUAUAAAUUUUAAUUAAUGUUUGAUUGAUUUAAUUAAAACAUGUAUAUAUCAAUAAAAUUGUUAUUAAAAUGUUAUAUUGCAUGUACAUUGUUUAGAUUAAUUGAAUAUUUGUUUAUUUUUUGCAAUAUUUUUGUAACUUUUGUAUAAUUUUAGAAUAAUAAUUGUUAUAUUAUGACAGUUCUUUCUAUUUAAUAAAAAGAAAUCAAUAUUUCUGAAUUGUGUCAUGAAAAAUAAAGAUGGAAAAUUAACUGUAUAAUCGAACACAGGCAAAUUAAUCAAGCAAAAAGAGAUCUCUGGUAAUCAACAACAUUUAUCCGCAAUUCUCAAAAAAGACUUUUCAACCUGUUCUAGUUUUCUAGUACAGAAUACGCAUUAUCAUGGAAAAAUAAGAAUGCGGUAAACGUGAGAAGUUUGAACGAAAGAAACUGUGCUAUCAGGGCACGCGACGAUGAAAAGCCAACAAAGAGACGUUGUUACGCGCACACGUAUACACGAUAUUAACUGCCUCAGCUUCAUAGAGCAUAUGCUGAAUCGUUAUUCAGUAAUUGAACCUGCCAUACGAUGUAUGUAUAUAUUUCUAUACGUAUACAUAUAAAUGUUUAUGUAUAUAUAAAUAUCAUGUAUGUAUAUACAAGAUAUCCUAUAUUUCUUUCUCAAAAAUAGAAUAUUCUAUGAGUAAAAAUAAAAAGAUGUCAUGUAAAUGUAGACUCAUAAAUGUUUUGUUAAACGGUUAUAACAAGAAAUAUUAAAUAACAAAGAACUGAUUUUUUUUUAAAUACAUUUAUUUAUUAAAAUGACAAAAAAUAGAUAUUGAAAUACGAUAACAUAAAUUUGUUUUUUAAACUUCUAAUUAAAAAAGAUAUCAAGAUGUUAUGAUUAAAUAAAUGUAUAUCUAUUUAUAAUUUUUUAAUAAAAUAUUUCAUCAAUUCAUGUUUAGAUAUCUUUCUUUUUUAUUAAUUUUUACUCAUGGAACAUAUUAGCACAUUUUGCAAAAAAAAAAAAUUGGAACAUCUUAUAUAUGUAUCGUCCCACAAUUUGAAAAAAGCAUUUAAGAAUGUUGCUUCAUAGUUUUGCAUCGUUAUUUCUCUAUCACAAGCGCUUCAAACGAUGUCUCUUAUUAAUGUUCCUUGCUGUUUCGAUAGUUUCAAUAGUUUUGAUCAAAUGCCAAAAAUAAUAACGUACUAACGUACUAAAGCUAAUAAAACAGCGAAUGAUUGAACACCGAAUUAAUUGAGACGUAUUGGUGGAGACUAUGAUUGAAAAUUCAGUUACGAAUUAAGCGCGGAAAGAACACUUCCGGAACAACAUACCGGAAAUGUGACUAUAAACGCAGACUAAAUGUUUAUAUAGUGGUAUGGUUGUAUGAUAUAGUGAGAUUAUAAAAGUUAAUCAAACAUAAUAUUUUAAAAAAGUCAAAAGAGUAAUUUGACAUAUUGUUGACUUGGACAAUAAUCGGAAAUAAUAAUAUUUUAAUAACAUAUUUGUCAUUGUAUUAUAACAUUUAUUUCAAGAUUUUAGAUUGCCAUUAUAAUUGAUUGUAAUUUUUUUUUUUACAAAUUAAAUGCGCGAGUAAAAUUUUAUUUUUCAUUAUAAUCAUCAUAAUUUUAAAUUAAUAAUUUAUAAAUAACUUAUAUUCUGUGACAUUUUUAUAAAAUGCUUUCUAAAAUACUGCGUUAUCAAUUAAUUCUUUAAAUUACAAUCUCACUAUAUUACUUCCAUCUAUUGUACAUAAUAUCUUACGAACGUAUUUACUAUUGAAGCAAAGCAUGUUGACAAACUGGUAUUUCUUUCAAUCCACGAUAACUUGUAAACGAUUUUAUAUGUCGUAAUGUUCCUCGAUCCUUUUUCCUCUUCGUUUCACUUCGCUCCUUCCUUUUUUUUCUUUUUACCGUUAUUUUAUUCAUUCGCCAAUAAACGCUUGCGUUUUUCUUUUCCUUAGCUGAUGUCUCGUCGAAGUUGUGUAAUCGAUAAGCUUUGUAAAACGAGGUUUUUAACCUCCUUAGAAACUUAAGAAAGAGAAAACGUGUGACACGAUUCGUGACACGUGCUCACGGUCUCCGUUCUUCUCCUCUUUGACUCUUCUUAUUCUCUAUCUUCAUCUUUAUCUUCUUAAUUCUAACAUCAAUUUGCAUCAUGUUGCAUAUCGAAUAAAGGAAACAGAGUUCAUUGAAGAAUUCAUUUUCCUAAAGGAUUAGUGCGAACAAGCGUCGAGUCGAAGACUAAUAAGACGAUUAAAGAUUGCUCUCGAUUCUAGUCAAAAAACUCGAAAGAGAAUCGUGCCGAUUUUCUUUCGAAUAAGUUUCGAUACCAACGUGAUACGUGAUUCUCAAUAGGGAUCGAAUUGAAAGAACGAACAACAGUGAUCAAUCAUCACUGUAUAAUAAGCAUCAAAUUAGAAUUUUCUCUGUCCUAUCAUCCUUCUGAAAGUGAAGAUGCGAAUCAUUAUGAUUCCAAGGACCGUGAGCACGUAUUUUGUAAAAGCGUUCUGCUAUGAUAUGUAAUAUUGUUUUCGUCUGUGUAUAAUAUAAUAAGUUUUAACACGUGUGGGCAGUCAGGCCCAAGCUCAAAGCUUACAAUAAUUAAAUGGAGAAAAAAAAAGAGGUAAUUAAUAUAUAUACAUAUGUAUAAAUAUAUAUUGAACGCGUGUUUUUUGGUACCAGCGAUUAAAAGAGAAAAAAAGAAAAAAGAAAACGAUUAAAAAAAAAAUAAUAAUAAUAAGUGAAAAUAAGAGAAGAAAAAUGGAUCAGUUUUUAAAUGUGCCGUUUAAUUUUCACGAGCGUUCUUUAGACGUCUUUAUUGCGCUUACGACGACCGAUGUCUAAACUAUAUAUGUACAUAUGAUUAACUUGUUAUCAAUAAUAUUAGAGAGUUCAAUUAAAAGGGCUGUAAAACGAGUCUCGAGAUUUAGAGGGAAAAAAAGAUUGAGAAAGAACGAGAGAAAUAAGGGAAAGUUUGAACAGAACUUCCGUGUGUAUCUGUUUGAAAAUCAUUUAUUUCAUUUGAUUCUACAUCGUUAUGAGGUCUUUCCUAUUCUUUGAAUAGGAAAUUAAUAUAUUUUCCUAUUUUUUCCUUUUUUCUUUUUUAAUUACAACAAAUUACAAAUCACAGGAAGCUCUGGAAAAUAUGCGAAAAUGAAGUAAAAAGAAAGCAUUAUUUCAUUUUUUUUUUUUACGCAUAAUGAAUAUUAUCAACAAACAGAGAUAAAAGAGAUAAAUAGAAAUUAUGUAAAUUUGUUAAGAUUUGAUACUCAUGUUGAUUAACAUGAUGUUAAGAAUCAUUACAAUAUAGUUCAAAAUUACGCGUUUUACGCGAUGCUAUUUUAUGUUUCCUCUUGGAAUGUGAGAAAACGAAGUACAUAAUUUCUGUACGUGUUAUAUAUCAAAGACAUAAAUACAUAUAUUAAAUAUGCGGAUCUUGUUAUCUAAUAAAUUUCAUUCACGGUUUAAACGAAUAAUUUCGUUUAAAUCUUUAAUGACAUAUGUGAAUGUUUGAUAUUUCUUUCUCUUUAAUUCUUUCAUUCCUAAAUAAUAGCCAAAAAUUUAAUUAUAUCUAUUAAACAAACAAACAAUUUAUACAUUUUAAUAUUUAGAAACAGAAUAGAGAUUGUUUAAAAAAAAUAAAGAAAAAUCUAUCUAUAACUUUUAAUUAGACUAAAUAUUUAUUAAAACUAUUACGAGAAUGAAAGGGUUAAAAGAGAACUUCAGAAAAUACUUAAAGAAAAUAACAAAAAAAUAACAAAAAUAUAUAAAUAUUGUAUCACCACGAGGUCUUUUUGUUAAUCGCCCUGAAAAAGGAUAAAAAAAAUAUUACAUUGUUUAAGAAAAAUGAAAAAGGAUUUAAAAAAUAAUCUCUUUUUUUUCAAACGUGAAUAAUACACACGCAUAAGAUCACCAUUAAAUCAAGAAACAAGAGAGAGAGAGAAAGAGAGAGAGAGAGAGAGAGAGAGAGAGAGAGAGAGAGAGAGAGAGAGCGAUAGAGAGAGAGAAUGAGAGAAGUUGAAAAUAAAUUUCUAAUAAGUGAACGGUAGCCUUUUUUUUAAUUCAACUCCCCUAUUGUUGAUAUAAUGAACAUGAAAUACCUAUAUGUGAUACAUAUUAUUAUAAACGUAAUGUUCGGAUACAGGAUAUCAUUGUUAUUAAUCUAUAGAAUAAUUAGAGACGGCUUGUGUCCUGGGCGUAACACGUAGUCGUUUUAUACUGUGAAUCGCUGUGUAUCGUUGUACAGAAUAUUCUUUUCUUUUUAUACAUAUACAUAUAUACAUGAUUGUAUGUAUAUGUAUAUAUAUCUAUGCAGAAUACAAUAUAAAACGGCAAAAUAGUUUGUAUAGCUUCGUUUUAUAGAGAAAUAUAUAUAUAUAUAUAAUUAUUUAUCUAGUGGCAUCCGCGUGAAUAUAUUUAUAUGAUUUUUAUAUGAUUUAUAUGAUUUUUCAUGAUCAAAGUGAAAAUAUAAAAAGGAAGCGUGUAUAAAGAUCGUUGUUCCAGCGAUGAAACUGAUAAAUUCUCGUCGUGCGAGUGAAUCGUUUAAAGAUCCCUUUAUAUUUACAGAAGACGAGAAACAAGAAAGGCGUUGAUAAUUCGCAGUCGCAUCUCAGGACACAAGUGGAUAUAAUUAGAAAAUAGUGAAGACUUGUGGUAAUAAUUCUGUAUGCUUAGAAAAACGAAAGCAACAAUAAGGAGAAGUUACAAUUUUAAAAGAUAAAAGUGGAAAAAACUAUGUUGUUGAUGUUUGUAAGCUUGAAAUAUAAAUGUAACGCAGUU